AUGGAAUAUUCAUCUAUUCAGUUGAACAAUUUACCUGAUGAAAUUCUUCUGAUUAUUUUUAAAAUAUUUGAUAAUACCACUCUACUUUACUUAUUAUUAGGUGUUAAUAAACGAUUAAAUAAAAUCUUGCAUGAUACUAUAUUUAUCAAUCGUUUGACUUUAUUAAGACGUACACCAACUCAUUUAAUUGUCUUUAAAUCUUUAUCAAGUCAUGUUAUUUAUCCAUUACUUGAUCGAUUUUGCACACAAAUUUUACCUGAAAUUCAUGAUAAAAUCGAAUGA